UGAGGUUAUGUGAAUUGUAAGAGGAGAAAGAUUAAGUGGAAGGUGUAAAUGGUUCAAAUUGGCAUAUUGAAGAGAUAUAAUUGUGGCUGAACGAAUCAGCCAGAUAAGUUGGAUCAUUUUCCAAUGAAAGAUAACAGGCUUCAUCUCAAUCACAGUGAAAAUGGUGGUCGCAGGCUUUGUCAAAGCAGCGAUACGCCGACUAUAAUUUAACAAGGAAAAAGUUAUUGUUGAAUGCCUGCACGCCCACUAGUUUUGAUAACAUUGGACAGAUUUCAUAAGUGCAGCAUAUAUGCCACACGCAGGCACAAUGAGCAUAUUACGGAAAAGAUUGCACGACUUUGAUGAUGUUCUAAAUGGUGAAGAAAUAGAUAUAACCAGUCUUAAACGACUAUGUUUCCAUGGUGUACCAGAUGAAGGAGGCCUAAGACCACUUUGCUGGAAGUUACUAUUGAAUUACUUACCGUCCACAAGAGCUAGCUGGUCUGAAACUCUCUCACGAAAAAGAGAACUAUAUAAAACUUUCAUUGAUGAUCUCAUAGUAAUGCCUGGAGAGGCAGAUGUGGAUGGAGAACGUGUGGAUGUCACAUUACAAGAUCAUCCUUUAAACUUAAAUCCAGAUAGCAAGUGGCAAACAUUUUUCAAAGAUAACGAGGUUUUACUUCAAAUAGAUAAAGAUGUCAGGAGACUUUGUCCAGAUAUAUCAUUCUUCCAACAAGGUACUGAUUAUCCCUGUAAAGCUAUAGUAAAUGUCAGUGGAUCAAAACGUCUUCAUCGUCGUGUACAACACACUGUACUUCGAAGUGCUAAUGUAGAGAGGAAGGGUCUUGGCAUAACAAAGCAGAUAGCAGUUUCUGUAAGAAAAGCUGUCGAAGAUUAUGCUCCAUUGGCGGAAGGUGGUGAAGCACAUUGGGAAGUCUUAGAGCGAAUUCUAUUCCUCUAUGCUAAGUUGAAUCCAGGUCAAGGAUACGUUCAAGGAAUGAAUGAAAUUGUUGGACCAAUAUAUCAUGCGUUUGCUUGUGAUCCUGAUCAUCAGUGGAGAGAACAUGCAGAGGCUGACACAUUUUUUUGCUUUACAAAUCUAAUGGCUGAAAUUCGUGAUUUCUUCAUCAAAUCCCUUGACGAGGCUGAAUUUGGUAUUAACUCCAUGAUGAGUAAAUUGACACGACAAGUUAAGGUCAAUGAUCACGAGGUUUGGCUUCGACUACAUCAACAGGAAUUAUGUCCCCAAUAUUACAGUUUCAGAUGGUUAACGCUGCUCCUUUCUCAAGAGUUCCCACUUCCCGACGUUAUGAGAAUCUGGGAUAGUCUCUUUGCCGACGAGAAUAGAUUCAGCUUUCUCAUUCAUAUCUGCUGUGCCAUGAUCUUAUUGUUACGAGAUCAGUUAUUGGCUGGUGACUUUGCCACGAAUGUAAAACUCUUGCAGAACUUUCCGUCGAUGGAUAUUCAAAUUGUACUCUCCAAAGCAGCGGCAUUGGCAGGGAAAACUUUGAAUUCUUCUUAACGAAUGCCGACUUAUAUUCUUCCAAUUAAUGCGAUCUUUGAGGUAAUAUAAAAAUAAGAAUAAUGAAUGGAUUCGAAUUAUCCUUGUAUAUGGUAUAAGAGAAGAGAAUAUAAAUUCCAAGCUAUAUAUAUAUAUGUACAAUGCGUAUCUUGGAGUUCGAUGAUAUUUUUACGGUAUUAUAGUUCACUAAACUCCGCAAUUUAUAAAAAAUAGUCUAAGCAUAAUAUAUAAAUUAUAAGCCUGCCACAUUGCCGAAUAAUUUCGUCGGGUCGUUAGGCCGGAUAAGAAAUGUUUAGUAAAAAAUCGCAGCUCGAUAUUUAAUCCACAAUUAUUUUACUUCGAUUUAAAUUCGAAGAUAUGUUCUACAUAUUGUCGCUUAAAGCGUCACAUUUGAAGAAGAGUCGAGGAACGACUUUUUUUAAUACGAUUCAAUUAAUGAAAUGUUUUAUAUAAAUAUAUAUCAGUCCCUCUAGACUACAAUUAGAUCACUACCAUUUGUAUACACGACGGAUAUCGUUGCUGUGAAAUUAUAUUUCAUGAUCUUAUUUUUCUAAU